AUGACUCAGUGUACCGAUUUUUUCGAUUUUGCAGCCUCCGAAGCGUUACAGUGUUGGCGGCAUCCAAAGUGUGAUAUGGCCGGCUCCAUUCACUUGAGAUCAAGCGCGCCUCCUUCCGAAGGCAUCCUCAAUUGCUGCGUCGUUAUCAACCUUACAUCAGCAGACAUGAAUUUUGACCUGAGAAGCUCAUUUCCUUCCACUGCCUUUGGCUUGCGUUCUUGCUUGAGUACCAGAAGCGCGCUCCACAGUCGUCUCCUUGCCUGCACGAUGUGUCUCCCUGUGGUCUGCUCACCUCUGGACGGCGGAGAGGAUGACUUGACUUCUACGGAGAAGCUCAAGACUCCUUCCUAUCCAUCAGAACAGAGAUCCAACAAGCCAAAGAAUGCCCAAUCAAAGCACUACUCAAGCUCGACUACCCUCCACGCCACUCCAGACUCCGACGACUUCAACAUCACCUGGCAUCUCGACACUCUAAGCAAACCUUCUCCACUGACCCUACAAGAACGUGCACGCUUCGACACCCAGAUGAUGCCACCGCCCUUCAGCAACAGCGAAAUGCAAGCGAAGAAUCCAAUCCUCAGCCUAUUACCAGGCUUCGAACCCUCCGUCGCCAUCAUCAUUUCUCGGGGUCGCUCACACGAAGAGCGCUCCAGCGGAGAAGCGUCAGGCUUGAGACGAUCAGAGGGAUCUGAACUUACUGGUGGAGAAUGGCAAAGCGCUCCAUGCUCAGAUCACUCUAUGCGUCUUCGGGUCGCUCCACUAUCGCCUCAUAAUCGGAGGUUAUUCAUGUCAGAUGCGGCGGGCAGUGCCUUUAAGAUGUUUUUGGUGAGAGGGCUUCGCGAUGCUGAAACCUCCUUCAGACUAGAGAUCGGAUGUCCGGAUUCCCCUUACAUGAUGAGCGAUCAAGGUAGCGUACGUGGACCGAUUGGACUACUGGCCGUCAUCUCACUUCGCCUCCAUUUUUAUCAUUCCGAUAGAAUUUUAAAACUGGUAGUGAAGAGACUUCAUGCACAGGGCUUGGUUCUAUUGAUACAUCAGAGCACUAGUGUGUAG